CUAGCAUCUGCCUCUUACUGUUAUCGUGCCUGCACGCGCCCGCCUAGGCAGUAGCAGUAUUCCUAGCCGAUAUCAAACCUCUCACAUCAAGAAGAGCCAGGAAGAGCCCCAGGAUGUUGUCCACCCGUGUCCUGCAAUUCUCGCGUGCUUCGCGUGCUCUAGCUGGCUUGGGGGCGCCCAACUCGCUGCCGCGAGCACACCGCCUCCGCACGACCACAGGCAUCACGGGGCUCGCCGUGCAUCCCUCGCCGCUGCCCGCGCUUGCAGGAAUCUACAGCUCGACGCUGUCAUUGCUCAAGGCACUCCCCGAAAACUCGGUCUACCGCCAGAGUGCAGAGGCCAUCACGCAGCACAGGCUCGCCAUCGUCCAGAAACACUCGUCAACGCCAAAUGCAGCAGGCGCAUCAGAAAGCGCGAACGAGGAUGUCAUCCAGGCGAUAGAGCAGGAGCUCGAUUCUGGGUUGAUCGAGGAGGUCAUCCAGCAGGCACAGCACGAGGUGUCACUCGCCGCGAAGAUGAUCGAAUGGAAGAGCCAUGAGCCGCUUGAGCACCCACCGCCUGCCGGCCAAUGGCAGUACUUUAGCAUGGAAGAGGAGGCAGGCGAAGGGCAGGAGAGCGGCAACAAGGUGUAAUUUGUCGCUUUAGACAGACAGGACGCAUUCAUCGCGACCAUGAGCGAAAGCCAAACAAUCCUCAUGUUUGAUUCUUGGAGCCGUACCUUGUUAUGAUCCAGCCAAUCGCCGGUAUCUCACACACCAAGCUCGUUUGCGUCCGAGACCAUCAGCAUAAUUUGCUCGAAGGGUAGAUUAUGGUAUUGCAACAGACGGGAGACGGAAGAGAAUGAUCGAAAGUGGGGCAGAUGCGAUGCAUGCGAUAUGUGUAGGGUGAUGAAGAUUGCC